AUGCCACCAAAACCAGACACACAGUCAAAAACUGAACCAGACAAAUAUAUAGGAAGUCCUGCAUGCAAUUACAGAAGUCCGGGUCCAAAAUAUAAUCUUAAAACACUUGUUGGUUUCCGAGAACAUUGUAUUUCUAAACAUCGAAAUCCAGCUUACACUUUCGGCAACAGACAACCCUUUUUACAAUUAUGUGAAGGUCCAGGGCCAAAAUAUCUGAUUCCCGAGCCGAAACGUGAAGGCUUUUCAUUUGGAUUAAUAGGAAAAACUUUUGGUCCUCCUUGUGUGCCUGGUCCCAAAUAUUUGUUACCAACUCCAAAAACACCAGCAUUUACAAUAAAAUCCAGAACUAAACCUAGAGACACUUGUUUCACACCAGGUCCUUAUAAUAUGGGAAAAAAGCAAAUUCGAGUGAUUUUCUUGUACGAGUUCAAACUGAGCACUAAAGCAACGGAAACUGCUCGGAAAAUUAAUGAUGCUUUUGGCCCUGGCACUGUUCAUGAACGUAUAGUACGACUUUGGUUUAAGAAGUUUCGUAGUGGAGAUAAGGGCCUUAAAGAUCAAGAAGGUCGUGGACGUCCAUCGGCAAUUGACAAUGACCAAUUGAAAGGCAUUGAUUGA